AUGGGAAUAGCGCAGAGGGAUGCCAAGGAGAUGCGGAGCAGCAAACGCCGCUGCCAGGUUGGAGGAGUUGGUGAUCGUCACACCACAUUCCUGGGGCUGGACACAGACUCUGAAACAGCGCCCGAGCUCAGCGCCUCGGAAAGAAUAACAGCAGUCGAGAUUUUUAAAUCAUGUGGCUCAUGCAGCCACACCAGUUUCUCUACUGCUCCUGCCUCCACCUUUCAAAGGCUCGAGCAAAACACCGCGGGUUCCUCGGGACCACGGAUUCCGAGUGUCCGAACCCAGGCACGCCACGAAGCCCUGUCCCCAUCCACCCCAAAGCCGCCCACCCGUCCUGCGUGCCUCCCUUGGGCAGAGCGAGGUCUGGCCGUGAAGGUGCAAGCCGUUGGGCUCGGAGGCCCUGCCCCCGCUCCCUCCACGCCGGAAUCUGGCAUUCCUUCGCUCAGCCCAUCUGCGGUCCGCGGCCGGCGAGGGUUCGUCUCGGGCAGCCGGCCCUCGGCUCUCGCUCGACCCCAGGAAACGCGGAACCAGAAGGCCGAGGAGGCGUGUGUUGGGGCCGCGGGGGUGUCGGAGGCGGCGGGGAGCGCGGGGGAGGGGGGCCCUGACGGGGUCCAAACUUUCGGGAACCGAGCGGCCCCGCUAGGAACCCGGCCUUCUCGCAGAGAGGAGGACGCAGGAGGGCGGGGUGGGGGAGGUGGAGGCGGAUGGAAUGGUCGCCCCAGGUGGCCGGCCGAGCUGGGCCGGCGGUGCGCGGGACCCGGCGCAAAGGACAGCGCCCCUCGGCCCGAUACUCACCACGCGCGGGGGCCGCGCGGCACAACCAGAGCGCCAGCAGCGCCCACAGGGGAGCGGGGAGCAGGGCGGGCAUCUUCUCGGUCGCCUCCUCCGCCGCCGCCGCCGCCUGCGCAGAUCCACAUGGGGAGGGGGUCCCCACCAAGGGUCCCCCCAACUCUCUCUCCCCUCCUCCUCCUGCUUCUGCGCCUCACGGCCUCGCGCUGUGCCCCGAAGCCCGGGCGUAAAUGCCUCCACUCCCUGCACCCCAAGGCUGCCGCUCCUGAGCCGCCGCCUCAGCCGCCGCCCGAAGUUUGGCUGAAACUUUCUCGGCUGUGCAGAGAAGCAGCCUCGUGUGUCCUUCCGCCUCAGCCGCCUCCUCCCACCGCAAGCCCCGCCCCCUGUCGCCGCGGCCGGGCCCCGCCGCCUUCGGCACCCAGGGGUUUCCCGCAGGAAGAAGCGCCGGCCCGAGUUGCGCGGAGGGAUCUACUACGAGUCCUCCGACGGCCCCGCCAGCCUCCUCCGACCCGCGUCGGGUCUGGACGCGCCUUAACUCCCUCGGCGCUGGACUGCCUCCCCGGGCCGGGCCUCUGCCGAAGGAGCAGGAUGCCCAAUCUCUGGCUUGUCAGCCUCCAACCCUGGGACAACUCAAGGGCUUCAUUUCCCUGUCUCUGCCACUCAGAGGAGAGAAGCUCAGACAAUUCUACAGGGGCCCUGUGACUCCUGUGUUGAGAGUGGACGAGGGGCCGGGGAGCAAGGUGAAAGCAGAAAGACCUGCCAGAGGCCACUGCGAUAAUUCAG